UAAAACCUUGACACAACCAAAAGUGUACCACACAAAUACAAUUGAAGCAUAUUGGCAAGUGAUCAAAGCAAAAAUACCACCAAGAGAAAGAAGAUAUCUAUUCUCAGAAUUAUUAGUCUUUAUUUGGAAAAAACAAAAUCCUCAUGAUCAAUUUGAAGCCUUUAUCAAAUAUUUACAAAACACAACUAAAUUAAGUAUCACAGGAAUUGAAUCAAAUAUCAUUGAAGAAUCAGAAGACAUUGAUGAGACAUAA